AUGAGCCGGCGGUUUCUGUACAUGGUGCUCCAGGACGGCAGGGUACCGGGUGCCCGCUCGUACACGCUGCACCGCAUCGGCCCGUCGCUCCUUUUCUACCCCAAGGAUUCACCGGAGCGCGCGGCAGCGGCAGCAGCCUCGGGCGCGACGGCGACAACCAUGGAGGCGGCGGCGGCCGCGGCGGCAGCGGCGAGGGCGAGGGAGAGGGCGAUGUGGCGAGAGCCGGAGAUUGCUGGGGAGAAGGCUCUACUGGAGCGCCCCGUCAUGACCUUCCCAUCUCCCUACGUGUAUAUGGACUUCGCGCUCACCGGCCGCCGCAAGGACCAGAUCGUCGCCUCGGAGCGCCGCGAUUUCCAGUACAGGUUCGAAGUUCGGACCCCGGGCCGCGCCGUCCUCUACGACGACGCCUCGCAGUCCGUCCGCGACCUCACAUCGCCCGAGCGCGAGGACGUGCCGCUCGCCGCCGGCGAGGACGAGACGCCCGUCCGGGGGUUAAUCCGUGAGCCCGCGUGCCGGCACGACUGGCACUGGUACACCUACCCGCCGUCGCCGCCUCCCUACCAGAGCGGCGACGCGUACGGCGCCUACGCGGCGCCGGUCGACGGUUGGCACAUCUGGGCAUCCGCGCGCGGCCACGGGACCUACUCCAUGCACACGGUGACCGGCGAGUGGAGCAAGCUCACCGACCGGGCGCUGCCGUUCCAAGGGCGCGCCGCGUGCGCCCCGGAGCACGGCCUCUGGUUCAGCUUCCCGGCCGUGGACAGCAGCCUCCUCGCCGCGUGGGACCUGCACGCCUCCGGGGGCGGCGCCGCCGCCGCGCCGGCGCGCGGCGUGUGGGAGAGCUUCAGGGUGCCCCGCAGGAGCUGGAAUCUUAAGUCGCACCUCGUGCACCUGGGCGAUGGCGGUCGGUUCUGCGUCGCCAGGCUAUUUCGGAAUGACAUAUCGUGGUCAGAGAGGUUCAAGCUCGCCGUGCUCACCGGCGUGGAGGUGGAGCGAUGCGACGGCGGGGAGCUCCUCAUGAUCAAGCACAGGUCGUUCAAAUAUAGGUUUGACGACGAGAAAUAUCCCCAUCUUGUUCUUUAG